AUGAAUCAGCAGGCCCCUCGACGAUUCAAAUUUACGUUGACCGAUGAUCAAGAAUUCAACUUUAAGAUUGUCGUUGAUGUCAUGUAUCUGGAUGGCGAACCGGUCCUCCACGUCGUCGACUCAGCGACGUCCUUCCAAGCUGCCAAAUUCUUGAAAUCUCUCACUGUGAGCAAGGAUGUGGUUCUGCAAAUGGCUGUGAAAGCCAUCAACAAUAUGGCAGGACCAGAUAGAAUUAUGCCUACCAUCCUAGUUUUUGGGGCAUAUCCAUGCCUAACUUUAGAUUCACUACCGUCUGCUCUGACGAUUAGACGUGCCCAGGCGAUGAAAAAAGCAAUAACCGAAUUAAGAAAGGCUGUGGCUGAGAGGAAAGUCAAUGACGCGCUAAACACUAGGAAUGGUCCGAUAAUCACAGAGACACUCAACCUCCCCCUAGGGGCCAAUAUCAAAGUUUGGCGAGAAGGCAAGGGUUGGACAGGCCUACAUAAACUCAUCUCAGUAAAUGGUCAUGACAUAACAGUCAAUCUUAGUAAUAGUGCUGUCGCUUUCCGGGCAACAUCAGUCCAGCAGUAUCUCCAAGAUCAAAGAGAGACAGAUAAUAGAAUCCACGUCCCUGAACCACCCGUGACACCUCCACCUCCACGACGUCAAGGACGACCACGAGAAUCCAAGAACAAGCAAAAAGCGGAUGUCAACGUAUACCUAUCGAAGAAAGAGAAGGGCGACCUUAAACUCGCACUCAAAUUGAGAUGA